GUGGCAGCAGGGUGCUGCAGUGGAUCAAGAGAGCGUGGCUAACACACCCUCCGGUCUUCUUCCUGCUCCCUUCCAAAAUGUCCCACCAACUGUCCGAGGAGCAGGUUGCCAAGUGCAAAGAGGCCUUUGAGCUGUUCGACCAAGACAGUGACGGCACCAUCACCACCAAGGAGCUGGGCACGGUCUUGCAGUCCCUGGGGCAGAACGCCACCGAGGCGGAGCUCAAGGCGAUCAUCGGCAAGGUAGACACCGACGGCAACGGCAAGGUCGACUUCCCCGAGUUCCUGAGCCUGAUGGCGCAGGUGAUGAAGGAGCCGAAAGCCGAGGAUGGUAUCCGUGAGGCCUUCCGGAUGUUUGACAAGGACGGCAACGGCUACGUCAGUGCAGCCGAGCUGCGGCAGGUGCUGGCCACGCUGGGGGAGACGCUGACAGAUGAAGAGGUGGACGAGAUGAUCCAGGUGGCUGACACGGACGGAGACGGGAAGGUGAACUACGAGGAGUUCGUCCUUGUACUGAAGGGGAAGUGACUGGUGACUUAGAAAGUGUGGGGAGGAGUUGGUACCAAGAUUAUUUUUCUUGGCUCUAACUCCUCUGUUCCUUCCACCCACAAUUCUCUUGCCUCUCCUGGUCUGUCCUGGGCUUUCUUUUUCCCCUUCCUGGGCCCCUGCUUCGAUGGUGGUGGGAGGGCAGGGAGAUGGGGAUUGAAUUGACAAAUGGUCAAGAAUGUGCUUUUUGUGGCAGAGCCCUGGACCAGCAGGUGGGAGCUCCCAAAUGUUCUUCCCUGCUCUGCCUCUGUGUGGCCUCGGACAAACAGCUUGGCCUCUCUGAGCCUGCUUCCCCCACUAUGCUACAUGAGAUAUCUUACCUCCCAGAACUGUGAUUAUCCAAAUAAAACCCAUAGGACAUACCUGGUUUGUGUGGGAAAGAAGGGAAUUGUCGGAACCACCCUUGCAAUGGUAAGCUUUUCCUCCACUUGGUUUUGUGUGGUGUGAGCUUCCCCAUUCCCUUGGCUCAACCUCAAACCGGAAGGUGAAAUAAAAGAAAUGAAUGAA